AUGCAAACUUCCUACUUUGAUCAGCGGAGGGUGGAGAGGGAGAAAGCCCGCAAAGCCGCGGGCCGGGCGCGGGCCGGGCGCCCUUGGCGGCUCCACGCCCCCUUCCGGAAGGAGCCGCGGGGACGCAGCCUCCUGCACCUUGACCUGUCUAGACGGCCCGAAGGGUUUUGUCUCGGUUACCAAGGGCGCGGGGUGCUCUUUGACCCACGCCCAGGGCGGAGGUGGCGGCCAGAGGGCCCCGGACCCUCGCCGCACCCCGGAGGGAGAGGGGCGCCAGCGUUCCCAGCCCGCGCACCCCGCGCACCCCGAGCACCCCGCGGGCUGCAGCCGAGCGUCCCCCUGGCCCAGUCCGAGGCAUUCCUGACGGACCUUCUGGAUAAAGUGUGUGAGCGAAUGAACGAUUACCAGCUAGAGGAAGACCCGGUAACUAAAAAGAAAACUUUCAAGAGAUACGCGCCAAGGAAAGGAGAAAAAAUAUACAAAGAAUAUAAAAAGUUCUAUUUUUAUUCUGAUGCCUACAGACCUUUGAAAUUUGCGUGCGAAACCAUAAUAGAAGAGUACGAAGAUGAAAUACUCUCACUUAUCGCCCAGGAGGCACACUCUCUAGCUGACAAGCUGUGCAGUGAGGAAUCAGGUAUUUGUGGAACUUCUGCUAAUCAUACAGAACUCUAG